AUGAGCAGUACCAGCAAGCGCCAAGCCACGACGCCGCCGACGGUCCUGGGCCUCGACCACGUCCUGACCGCCAUUGUCCAGUACAUACCUGCCGCCAAGGACGUCAAGGCCUUCCUCGCUGCGCUUCCAGCUUUGGCACGUGGAAGCACGCAUCUGGGCGCGCUCCACGGCCUCUUUCAAGCGCCACAACGCGCUGUCCUUGCGAGUCGCUGGUACCUUGAGCGCCGCACGACCACGUAA